AUGUCCAUAAUUUUGACCCUUGUUAUAGUACUAGUCAAUGGUUAUUUUGUUGAUAAUUUGAACGUGGAUUCUGGCUGGGGUUUAGCUCACGCAACAUUUUCUGGAGACAUUGGUGGAAAUGAAACUAUGAUGGGAGCUUGUGGCUAUGGAAACCUAUUCAAACAAGGGUACGGCCUUGAGACAACAGCUCUAAGCACAGCACUCUUCAACAAUGGGGCAACAUGUGGAGCCUGCUUUCAAAUAGUGUGUAUAAAUUCAACAAAUUGGUGUAAGAAAAAUGCAGGCUCAAUUAGGGUUACAGCCACAAACUUCUGCCCUCCAAACUACACAAAAACUGAGGAUGUUUGGUGCAACCCGCCCCAGCAACACUUCGAUCUUUCGAUGCCAAUGUUCCUCAAGAUUGCCGAGUACAGAGCUGGGAUUGUUCCGGUCGCGUACCGGAGAGUGUUGUGUUACAAAACAGGUGGCAUGAAGUUUGAGUUGAAAGGGAACCCUUAUUGGUUGCUUGUGUUGAUUUACAAUGUUGGGGGUGUUGGUCAAGUUGUUCAUGUCAAAAUCAAGGGUGGAACUGGGAAUGAGUGUAUUCAGAUGACUAGAAAUUGGGGACAAAAUUGGCAGACUUGGGAAAGAUUGCAAGGCCAAACGUUGUCUUUUAGGGUUACUGCUAGUGAUGGCAGGGUUGUACAAUCUGAUGAUGUUGCUCCGGAGACCUGGGAGCUUAAUAAAGUGUACGAGGGCAAGAACUUCAGGUUAGUUGAGGAGACCAUCUUUCAGAUUUCUCGAGGACAUGUCAGCAUCAGGGAAGAUCAGGUUUAUCCUAUCCGAACGUAUGUUCCAGGUUUGUUUACUAAUGUCCCUGUUCACUUAUCGGAGUCCUGGUUACUCGGGUCCAUUUUCCAAGAUGGACAUCGUGACACUGAGUAUCUCCCCUGGAUUUUUGAUAAGGAUGCCUUGUUACCCCAUAGGAAUGCAGAUUUGGUGGCUGAGAUGGCUGUGAAGCUGGAGAUGACCCAGAUGAAGCUGGAGGGGGCCGUUAAUCAACGAGAAGCUGCUAGGGAGGCCUUUGCCAAAGAGGCUACUCGGAUUGAGGUCGAGCGUGAGGAGGCUGCCUGA